AUGGACCUGUACCUGAGUUGUCGUAGCGGAUCUGGGGGACGAUCUCCGGCCACCAGUCCAACUCCAAACCGCAGGGCUCCACCAGGACCCCCGGCCCGUCCAGGCUCUCGUGGUCCUCCACCUGGGCCUCCUCCUGCAGGGGGUCCCCCUGUCCCUUCUCGCCCCGGAGCGUCUCCUGACCCAUACAGUGGGCCACCACCCACCGUGCCCUCCAGGCCUAACCGCGCACCCCCAAGUGUGCCUAGUCGGAGACCCCCGCCAUCUCCAACCCACUAGACUCCCUGGCUCCUCCGUCCUUCCCCUCCUCCUCCGUUUAAUCCUCCCCUGGAUGAGAGGCCACAGACAACAGCGCCACCCUCCUGUCGUUUUCUGCCUCGUCUGACCUGCGCUGGUUCCCAGCUCCUGCUUCUCCCUCGCUUCCUCUUCUUUCCCUCCUCCUCUUCUUCACCUCUCUCCCUCAUACAGUGACGCAGAAUACUUGAAUCACACUUGCAUGACUUACAAACAUGCUGCACCCUGAGAACUCAAACUAUGUAAAGACUGAUGAAGCAAAUCAGUUAGCGUGUGCACGCACGCAGUAUACAGUCUAGUAAACACGUGCAAACACUUAAACAUGGAAACAUUUUUCCUGCUUUUAAACUAAAAGGGUAAACAUUUAGCAUGAAGCUAUGCCUGAGUAUUUCUAAUAAGUAUUCACUCUUAUUAUUCUCUCAUUCAUCAAUUGUUCUUUUAUUUCAUGUUUAUUUAUUUUCUUCCUUUUUUAAGGAAUUUCCCUUAAAAAAAAAAAAAAUUAGGGAUAAAUGCUUUAGUUCCUCUGCAGCAUUUCAGCCUCGGAGUUAAAGUAAGAGGCAGAAAAUGUUUCAAUCAGCAGAAGUGACGAUGGAUAAAGUAUUUCAUAAGGGAGGUGAUGCAAGCUGGACUUUUUUAUAACUCUGGUGUCUUCUCACUGCACUAUUCAGAUUUUGAGUUAAUGUGUUAUGGCAGUUUUCCAUAUUCGUGUGUGAAGGCGACUGACUUUAAUCAAGUCUGCUUGUGAGCUAAACUAUAAAGAACAAACCGUGAAAGAGGAGGUCUGUCUCACACCCUGCAAAUCAUGGUUUUCAUUACCAUUAGCAUUGUUGUAAAAGUUGACCUGUUUCUCACGUGGCUGUAAAAUAUUAUUGCUAACUAAACAGCCACUAGUUGUUAAUGUUUGGCCUCGGUAAUCUGUUAACCAUCAUGCAUAGUUUAAAAGAAGAGCUGGAUUUUAUUUCCUUGAUGAUUUUUAAUAUUCAUCUGGUUGUCAGGCGAUUCAUUAUUCAAAAAUGUAAUCUUACCACAUGAUAUCUCAUGACCACAUCUUAAUUACAUAAUUCCUAUGCCGGAAUAACCCGUGGCUACACAUUACUAACUGGUGGCAAAGCAAUAAUAUCCCCCUCACCCUGGAGGUGAACAUCGUCAUUUCUCUGGUGCCUCCUAACCAUUACGAUUUUAGGCUUUCUCUUGUUAUCUUUAAUCUCUUCAUCCUGGCAAAUAAGAUCGUCUUUUUAUUUUCUCUCUUCUUUCCCAUCACCUAAACAGCCGGUCAAACAAGGGCGGGCCCUCUCGUCCCGAGAGCCCCCUGCCACCAUUCGACUCUUAGAAGGAAACAUUCUCCCUGUUACCUCUUCUCCUUCUUACGCUCAUCUUGCAUUUAUCCAUCCACCCAUCACUCACUCACUCACACGAGGAGAGGAAGGCUUGAAUGAAUAACAGAAGUAAAGGAUCGCCUGCAAAUUCUUCACCCUCAGAUAGACGCUGCUGCUCUUCGUCCAUUUUUCCUCCUCCUCUUCAUUUCAGCCUUGAAGGACGGGAGGAACUGCCCGUUGUAGCCUCAGGAAGGCCCUCAGUGUCACUGUUACAUCCACCUGCGAUUUAAAACUGCUGUUGUCUGUGCUUCCACACGACCUAUGCAACAACUGACGUAAAAGGAAAAAAAAAAGAUGCCUCUCCCGUGUCUUUCUUGCUCUCUGCUUCACACAAAUGUUGUUACUGCAUUAUCUUUAAGCAAAUGUGCAGCUUCAGACAACUGCAGGACACACAAGACUCCAACCUGAGAGGAAGGGAGUCUUUGGCCUGGGUUGAAGCUCUGUGACUGUUAGCUAGAUAGCUCUUUACAUAUCCUUUUUAUUCAGACGGGGAAAACAGGAAUAUUUGCCGUGUGAAAACAUUCAGAAUUUUAAGUCAGUUGAUGAUUUGCAAUUUCUUCUCUUUUCCCCCCUUUUCCCAUUUUUUUUGUUUGGUUUUGUCUUUUUUCCAGUGGUCACGGGGGUGAGUGAGCACACUCAAAAACAGCCACAGUCUAUGCAUAAAACUGGCAUUAAAUGAAAAAGCUCCUUCUCUUUCACCCUGUCAUUUUACACGUGUGAGAACCUGUGACCCGUGCAAACCCACCACCUUUUCUACCACUGACCUCCACUGUCAGCGUGAUGUGGUGUAUUGUAUUUUUGAACCCAAGCAAAAAACAUCCCACCAGCCACAAACAAUAAUCUACUAUUCAUUCCUUGUGCAUCUGGUACUCCACAACUGCAAAGUAAACACAACUAAGCAUAUUCUUCUUCUUAUUUAAUGGUAAAUAGUUUAUUAUGGACAUAUCUUAUUGUGUUAUUCUGUAUAUGUGUGAUGCAUCUUAUUGAACUUUCACUAUCUAGGGAAUUUAGUGUAUGAAACCGCUGAAUAUUUAAAUUAUGACAAAAUGAGUAUAUGUAUAAGGAAGUAAUGUUUUAAAAACUACAAAAAAUAUAUAAUACAAUGAUGUAUAUGGGCAACUGCAGGCUGUUGAAUACUUUGGCUUGCAGCAGAGGGCUUUUGCUUUUCUUGUCCUUCUGUGUGUAGAAUAGCAGCGAGGGGCGGGCUGAAUGUGUGAAAGUCCUGCAGCGAUCAGGUCCUGCGUCUUGUUUAGACUGAUGUGGAUGGAAAGGUGACUUUAACCUGCAGGACUGCUGUGCUCUGUCAAGACAUUAAAAACUUCAGUGUGUAAUCAGG